AUGUCUGCGGGGCGCCGUGACUACUCGGAGCAGACGCCGCUCUUGCGGCACUCGUCUUCUUCCUCCUUUUCCUCAAGACACUCUCUCUAUUCUGACGAAGACACCGAGAAAAAGAAAGCUUUACAAACAUAUGGUCUCACGCUUGGCUUCCUCGCAAUCUUGUCUCUUUUGGUUUACACCGUGCGAUCGUCAUUGCCUACGCCAUUGUCAGACACUGCUGCGGUUGAGGUCGAUGGAUUUCCCGGCGUACACGCAUACGAAGCUUACUUGUCCCAGUUCACUGAGCCUCAUCCUAUCAACUCGCGCGCAAACAUUGCAAUGAAAAAGUGGUUGGAUGAGAUUGCCCUAGAUUUGCAGGCCGAGGGCGCAGAAAACGGUGUUGAAGUCGAUGUGAUCACUAAUGAUACGACCGUGGUCGAUAAUGUCAAUGAUUGGUUUGGUUCUAACGAGCAUUGGAUCGCUCGAUCAAGGAAUUUAAUUGUACGCGUUCGUGGCUCCUCUGGUAGUGAAGACGCGGUUUUGUUGAAUGCUCACUAUGACAGUGUGCCUACUAGUUAUGGUGUGACGGAUGAUGGUAUAGGAAUUGCCGUGGAAAUGGAGCUGCUCCGUUACUUUGUUCGCAAUCCACCUCGGACAUCCAUCAUCUUUUUGUUCAACAAUUUUGAAGAAGGCGGUUUAGUCGGUGCCAGACAGUUUACGAAACAUCCAUGGUUCAAGACUGUUAAGCUGUUUAUCAACCUUGAGGGUGCCGGUGCAGGAGGACGUGCUUUACUCUUCCGAUGCAGUAGCUUGCCAGCCGCCAAGUUACUUGCAUCCAACUCUCCGCUUGUUCACGCUACUCCUUUGGGUAACGACAUGUUUAAAUUGGGAUUGUUAAAGAGUGACACGGAUUAUAGCAUUCUCGAAGCUGCUGGUGUCCCUGGUAUGGACAUUGCAUUCUACGCCCCUCGCUCGCAUUAUCACACACCGCGUGAUAGAUUGGAGUAUACGCCUGCCCCCGCUGAAUCAGUGCAGCAUAUGGGUCAGAUGGUCUUGGCUACUGUGCAGGCAAUUGACAGAACAGACGACUUCUUUGAUGAAGAACCAGAGACCAAGCUGCUGUACUAUGAUGUGCUUGGCAAGAUAAUGUUUGCCUAUGAUUUCGUUACGCAUGGCACUAGUAAUUUCCUUGCCCUCUUUUUCACUCCCGCCUGGGCAAUAGCUUGGACUCUGAUAAGCAGUGAUAAGAAUGUUGGACAUCUCAAAAAGCGCGUGGGUGUAUUGGUUCAAGGAGCCAUCGCUACCCUUGUUGGCUUUGUGUUUACUGUUAUGUUCGUUGGCAUAGCAUCGGCUGGUUUGCUCAACUUGAACCCCAUGGUUACCUACGGCAACAUUAUGGCCGUAGCAUUCUAUUUGUUCCUUGCUGGAUUGCUUGGUGUGAUUACAUCCCAGUUGCUGUGCUCCAAGUUCGCCAGUAUGCGCAACACCUUGUCCUCAUCAAUUGAAGCGAGCCUCUACGGUUUGACCGCUUUUUGGUGGUUCAUGCUGAUUGCCAGCUCCUAUGCGGGCGCCAAACAAGUGGCCAUUUUGUAUUUUGUCAUGUUCUCGUUUGUUGGUAAUGCAGGUGCAUGCUUCCUCUAUCACGCCAUCACGCCAGGCAGUCGAUUGCGUAUGCCUCUUGCAUUUUUGGUUCAAGUUGGUCUCCCUUUUACCGUAAUGAUCGAUCAAAGCUUCUUAGUAAUGGAUUCGAUGCGUCAUGCUACCGUUGAUGGUACUCCUGAAGCAGCAGUCUUUGGUCUCGUCGCUUUCCCCAUCGUAUUGAUGGCUUUACAACUUCAGCCGUGGGUCAAUGCUGCUGGUCAAAAAGGCUAUGCCACACUUGUUGUAUUGACGACCCUGGUGCUUACAUUUGCAGUCUGCUCUGUACUCCAGCCAUUCAACAGUGGAUGGUCACCUAACAAGAUUAAGUUUGGUCAAGAAUACAAUGCCACAUCUGGCUUGGCUACUGUUUCCAUGAUAGCCGCCUCUGGCAUACCCUCUGCCCUGCAUCAAAUCUUGCCUGCUAACGAAUCUAAAACAAUCCGCUGCGAAUCGUACAAGACCUACCAAACGCGUUGUAUGUAUGAAACCAAUCUAGUGCCCAUCUAUGCUGACCAGCCCGAUGAGUUGGUGAUCACUGUCAAGGACAAACAUUGUGAAAAUAAGACUGGUCUGUGCCAAAUCCAAGUCGAGUCAGUGGCUCAAAACAGCUUGCUGUGCCGUGUGCGCUUCGAUGGCAAUAAUGACAGCAUUACCAAGGCAUGGGCUCAUGGAUUCGAAACAGAAAAGGACAAGCCUAUCGGCGCUUUGCUUACUUAUACUCUUGAAUAUGGCCAGCCCAUACAAUGGGGUGUUGAGUAUAGCCAAUCGCCUUUGAACCGAUCCUUGGUUGCUGUUGUGGGUUGUUUCUAUGACGAAUGGACCCAAGGUCAGAUUCCCGCUUUCACAUAUCUCCACGAAAACCUGGAUGAUUCAAUCACUCUACUUUUGCGUGGUCAAGGUCUUUCAAUGGUCUAUUAUAAAACUCUGGAGCUAUAA